CGAGCGAUGUUGACACUUACCUCCACGAAGCCUCCCACCGCCUGAACAGUCCCCGGUUCAAAUGAUGUAAGCGCACCCUCUCAGUCUGUCAUUUCCCGACAUAAAAUGCAGCGGCUGCUGGCGAGUCGCGUUCGUUUUCCCUCACUUCAUCCCCCGCAUUCUGCGUGGUCGUCGUUGAGCCGUUUGAGGACCGCCAGGACACUCCAAUUCUUCCCUUACUUUACCGCCGCGAUGGCCUCACCACCGCUCAUCCCCGAAUGGGAACGCGUCUCGCACCCCAACUCGAAGCCCUACUACAUGUUUACCAUGCCGAUCCACAAGUCCAGGCAAGACGACAGGGAGUACAGGAUCAUCCAGCUAGAGAAUGGGCUACAAGCUAUGCUGGUUCACGACGCCAAGGCGGACAAGGCUGCUGCCAGUUUGGACGUAUCGGUCGGACAUCUUUAUGACCCGGACGACAUGCCGGGGCUUGCACACUUCUGUGAGCACCUGCUAUUCAUGGGCACCGAGCAGUACCCCCGGGAGAACGAGUACUCGGAGUAUUUAGCCAAAAACAACGGCAACUCUAACGCAUUCACGGGCACUUCCAACACAAACUACUACUUUUCCGUCUCGACCGAUGCUCUCCCGGGCGCGCUUUCUCGGUUCGCCGCCUUCUUCCAUUGCCCGCUGUUCGCGCCAUCCUGCACCUCUCGCGAGCUCAAUGCCGUCGAUUCCGAGCACAAGAAGAACCACCAAGCGGAUAUGUGGCGAAUCUUUCAGUUGAACAAGCACCUUACCAAGCCCGGACAUCCAUGGAGCAAGUUUGGCAGCGGCAAUCGCGACAGUCUAUCCAAGGUUGGUAGAGAACUGAAGGCCAAGGGUCUGCUCAGCUCGAACGGCGCUAGCACACCGUUGAGCGCAACUGCUCGAUCGGUCGGCAGUAGUCUCGCGGCUACCCCUGAGUCGUCCCGCGUGCCAUCUCCUGCGCCGUCGUCCACCUCCGCUAACAGCGAGAUGGACGCCGAUGGAGGAAGUGUUGGGCGCGAAACGCGCCGGAGGCUAGUGGAAUGGUGGAGCAAGGAGUACUGUGCAGGACGAAUGCGGUUAUGCGUGAUCGGUAAAGAAUCCCUUGACGAGCUUGCCAACAUGGUUUCCAAUCUAUUUACGCCCACACCAAAUCGGGGACAGAACCCUCUGCCAAUGAUAAACGAUCACCCAUUCGGGCCAAAUGAAAUGGGAACUUUGGUAUCGGUACAGACAAUCAUGUCUUUCCACGCCGUAGAGGUCUCCUUCCCUCUCCCAUGGCAACCCCGCCAAUGGCGAUACCAGCCCGGCAGCUUUCUCACGCACUUCCUGGGACAUGAAGGCCCCGGAUCUCUGCACUCUUAUCUCAAGAACAAAGGCUGGGUUACGGCUCUCAGCGCUGGGCCGCAGAACCUCGGGCGCGGAUUCGCCAUGCUAAAGGUCACGCUUAGCCUGACCAAGACCGGUUUCGAGCACCAUCAGGAGGUCGUACUUGCCGUGUAUAAGUAUUUGUCUAUGUUGCGUGCAUCCAAGUUGCCAGCGUGGUACCAGCGUGAAAUGAGUAUCAUCAAGGCGACGCGCUUCCGGUUUGCAGAGAAGCGCAAGCCGGAUGACUACGCGGUGUGGGUUACGGAGCACCUCUCGUGGCCGGUCCCGCGGGAGCUCGUUCUCAGCGCACCGCAGCUCGUGUGGGAGUGGGAUGAGAAGGAUCCGAUCAACAACGGAGAAGGUGAGAUGCGCGAAGUGUUAAACAGCCUCCGAGUCGAGAGUGGACGCGUGGUUCUCAUGGCGAAGGCUGAGGAGCACGAACGCGUGAGAGGCCCGGGCGGAUGGAAAACAGAACCUUGGUAUGGCACGCCGUACCGAGUGGAAAGGCUUGACGAGGAAUUCGUCAGGGAGGCUGAAGCGCCGAACAAUAUACCUGAGCUUUUCCUCCCAGGUCCAAACGAGUUCAUUCCGACGAAUCUAGAUGUCGAGAAGCGCCCCGUCGAUCAGCCUAUGAAGCGUCCUCUUCUUAUUCGGGAUACGCCGUUGACGAGCCUGUGGCACAAGAAGGAUGACCAGUUUUGGGUACCAAGGGCACAUGUGUUAAUUGACAUUCGAAGUCCGGAAGCCAAUGUUUCUGCAAGAGCAAGCGUGAUGACCCGGCUUUUCUCGGAUCUCGUCAACGACUCCUUGACGGAAUUCUCCUAUGAUGCUGAGCUAGCCGGCCUCACGUACAACUUUUCGCCGCAAACGCUUGGCAUGUCUGUCGUGCUCUCAGGGUACAACGACAAGCUGCACGUGCUUGCAAAGGAUGUGAUCGAGAAAGUGAAGAACCUACAGCUCCGACCCGAUAGAUUGGAGGUCAUGAAAGAUCAGGCUAAACGAGACUACGAGAACUUCUUCAUGGGCGCUCCGUUCCGUCUGGUCGACUACUAUGGUCGGCAUCUUCUGACAGAGCAGCAGUGGAUCCUAUCCGAGAAGCUCGCUGAAGUGUCUACGAUCACAAUCGAAGAGCUUGAGGAACAUGUUCAACGGCUUCUUUCGCAGUUACAUAUGCGCAUGCUCGUAGUUGGCAAUAUGUACAAGGAUGAUGCCGUCCGCUUGGCCGCGAUGACGGAGGACAUCCUUCAGCCUGCUCCGCUCAAUCCUUUGGAGGUCGUCGACACGGCACUCAUUCUUUCCGAUGGAUCAAAUCAUGUUUGGCAGACCGUGGUUCCUAACGUCAAUGAGCCGAACUCUGCCAUCACGUACUAUCUGCACGUCGGAUCGUUCCUGGAACCCCGCCUCCGGGUGACAUCUGCACUUCUCACUCAGAUCUUGUCUGAGCCUGCGUUUAACGUCCUUCGCACAAGAGAACAGCUAGGCUACAUUGUGUCAUGCUCGCAGAUGAUCUCCCCUGGAGAAUCUGACAUCGGCCUGAGGAUUGUCAUCCAAAGCGAGCGGGGACCCGUGUAUCUCGAGGAGCGCAUAGAAGCGUUCCUGGAUGAGAUGAAAGACAAGCUGGAGGAGAUAAGUGACGCUGAGCUCAAGGAGCAGCAGGUCGGACUGGAGCGCCGUUGGAGAGAGGCGGUCAAGAACCUCGGGGAGGAGACCAACCGCUACUGGACACAUAUCGAUUCCGGAUAUCUCGACUUCUUGAGGCGCGACCACGAUGCUAGUCUUGUCAAGAGCAUCACCAAGCAAGAGGUCAUCUCCUUGUUCAUGUCCCGUAUCCACCAAUCAUCCAGUUCCCGCGCGAAGAUGUCUGUGCACUUGCGCUCGCAGAAGCCUCGGCCUAAGAAGAUCGGCCUUGUCGCCAUGGAGGCAUUCGAGAACACGCUCAUCGAGCGAGGGAUCAAGGUUAACGGACAGAAGUGGAGGGAAGAGUUGACUGGUGAUGGCGAGCCGUUGCUCUCUCAGUUCACCAAAUACUGGCAGGGCACCUUGCCAGUUCAGAAUCCAUCGCUCACCCCAGAGGCAUCGGAGCAAAUCAUGGCAUGCGUUCCUGGGCUUCUCGAGCAGUACCCAGCAGACAGCGACUACGAAGGCAAGAUCAAGGAUGGCGUACACUUCAUCGAGGAUCCCAAGGCAUUCAAAGCUUCCCUUCGGAGAGCUGAUCCUCCCCGUCCGUUGGUCCAGUGGGACGACCUUCCGAUGUCCAAGUACUGAUGUAACUCCCGAUGUGCGCAGUAGUGUGUCUUUCUUGUUGCUGACCCGUCUGAUCUGUGUUGUUUAUUGUACACUUGUACGCAUAGCAUUAGAUGUUUUCUUGUGUACGAUGGGGCUCGGUCUUUCAGAAAAUUGAAUAUCGUGACACGGUGGUCCAGUCGACACGACUUACACGAUAAUGCGUGGUGAUAAAAAGGAU